AUGCGAAGGCCAAAAAAAAUCCUAAUAUGUGGCAUUGGUCUUGAUGAGUACAAUAGGAUAUCAUCCUGUGCCACCGCAAAGGAAAUUUGGGACACUCUACAAGAGGUCCAUGAAGGUACCAGUCAAGUGAAGAAAUCCAAUAUUGACGUGCUUAACAGGAAAUACAAACUAUUCAGGAUGAAGGAGGGAGAGACUAUUCAGGAAAUGCAUACCAGGUUCACGUCAAUUCUGAAUGAGAUUUACUCACUCAGUGGAGUUGUUCCCAGCGGAAAGACAAAUCAAAAACUUCUCAGUGUGUUACCAGAGUCAUGGGAGAGAAAGGUUGAAGCAAUUUCUGAAGCAUGUAAUCUGGACACUCUAACCAUGGAUGAGCUAAUAGAAAAAUUGACUACUUUUGAGCUCAAAAAGAAUCAAGGGCGUGAGAUGACCAGUGGUAGAAAAUAA